AUGAUGCUUACUCGAUGCCUGCCUGCUGUUGUUCGAGCGCCGCGGCAGCGAUCCAGACCUCCACACACUGGUUCCAACCCGCCCUAUACCGGCACGCAGGAACGCCAUCAAGGGCCUGCUGAAUAUUCGCCAUGGGCGAAUCUUCAUCCGUACAGUGAUAACGACCUCUUCUCAUCGCUGACACCGCCGUUGGAAGGCUUUCCCUCGGCUGUGCCAGUCUGUCAAUCCUUUGAUACCCUCACGCACGAGUCGGCACUCUGGGCAGAACCCGAUCUGUCCUUUGCCGAUACCGACUGGAAUUUCGUAUCUGUGAAUCAUUCGACGCCGUACCCUCCUGGAUAUGACGGUGGCGAUGCCCCCGUCAUAGACCUUGGGCAUGGCUCUGUGUCUGCUUUCAACUCUCUUUCGGAUUCCGGCUCAAUCGAGCUCCAAAACUAUGUUCCUGCGUCUAUUGCUCCUAGCUCGGUUAAUUCACAAGAUGGCUACUCGCAUCCUUCCCCUAUCUCUCAGUUCCCUGUUCCCGUCUCGACUUCUCUCUCCAGCCCUGAUACCUCCCAGGGCGAUGAUAUUCUAAGUCGCGUUGAUUCCUCGCGCGUGGAAAAGCGUAAACUCAACACCCUUGCAGCGCGGAGAUGUCGCCAGAGACGUGUGGAUCGGAUGAAGGAACUUGAAGCCGAGUUGGAAAAGAUGCGGAAGGAAAGAGAUGAUUGGAGACUUCGGUGUUCGAAGCUUGAGGGCGAAACGGAUGCUUUGAAGGCUCUUCUCACUCGUAGGAGCAAGGAUACAUAG